UUCCUUCCUGCAGCCUCGGCCCUUCUGCCGUGAAAAAGGAAGAUGAGAAGCUGCGGCGGUCCGCCGACACCGAGCCUGAACCGAGCCUCACUUCCUGCGGAAUGGCGGCAGAGCGGCUGCUGACGGACCGGAGGCCGAGCUCAGCUGCUGUUUUCCGGCCUUGAACCCGUCACGACCGCCGCCGGAGCCUGGAGGAGCCGCCGGAGCCCGGAGGAGCGGCGGGUGGAGCUGCAGGCUGCCGGGCCGAGCCGGGCCGAGCCGUGCUGAGCCCUCAUCAUCUCCCGCCUUGCUGACGAUGCUCAGCUAGCUGCGGACUCAAGCCUCGACUGCACCUCGCCCUGAAACCAGACCCGAUCUCCCCCCGUCCCCCCUUCAGGCUGCAGCAUGGAGCGCACAGGCAGCAUCCAGCUGGACAUCCCGGACUUCAGUAACUCGGUUCUGUCCCACCUGAACCAGCUGCGUGUUCAGGGCCGUCUCUGCGACAUCGUGGUGAACGUGCAGGGCCAGAGCUUCCGGGCGCACAAGGUGGUCCUCGCAGCCAGCUCACCCUACUUCCGGGACCACAUGUCUCUGAGCCAGAUGAGCACCGUCUCAUUGACGGUGAUCCGCAACCCGACGGUGUUCGAGCAGCUGCUGUCCUUCUGCUACACGGGCCGCCUCUGCCUGCAGCUCGCCGACAUCAUCAGCUACCUGACGGCCGCCAGCUUCCUGCAGAUGCAGCACAUCAUCGACCGCUGCACCCAGAUCCUGGAGGGCAUCCACCUGAAGAUCAGCCUGGCUGACCUGGAUGAGGAGCCCAUGGAGGAGGAGGCGGCGCGGGGCUCCAGGGGCAACAGGACCCUGGAGGCUGUUGUGCGAGGAGGCGGCCAUCAUGGCGGCCUGCGGCUCCUCGGCCCACGGGGAGCUGCAGAGGCGUGCGAGGCGGUCAGCCCCACUGAGGAGCCGCUCAGCCCGUCGCCGAUGGUGGAGCACAGCGGGCUGGAGGGGGCCGGGGUCGCCGCCGGCAGAGGGGGCAAAGAACCGAUCCUUCGCAUCAACCGGGCGGGUCAGUGGUAUGUGGAGACGAGCAGCGAGCCGGAGCGGACCGGCAGCGCCGAGGAGGGCGGCGGCACGGACCGAGUGAGGAUCAAGACGGAGAGGAUGGAGGAGUGGAUCGGAGCAGGAGAGCACCAGGAGGAUGGGGGGCCGGUGGAGGAGGGGGCCACCGUCAUGAUCGACACAUCUGGACGCAGCACGCUGGUUACGGGGCCGGUGGGAGCACUGGGGGCGCAGAGAGUCCAACCGUCCUCCAGCUUCAGCGAGACAGACAGGUUCAGUCCCACCGGCAGCGUGGUCGUCCUGGCGGAGCGUCAGAGAGCGAAGAGCGAGUCUCCCAGCCGGGCGGACGAGCUGCGACAGCCGAGCUCCCAGGGGGAGGAGCAUGCAGCGUUCGAUAUGGGUGGCUACGAGGACUACCUGAGGGAGCAGGUAGGAGACCGCUGGUUCCGCUACAAUCCUCGACUCACCUGCAUCUACUGCUGCAAGUCCUUCAACCAGAAAGGCAGCCUGGACCGACACAUGCGUCUGCACAUGGGCAUCACGCCGUUCGUCUGUCGCAUCUGUGGGAAGAAGUACACCCGCAAGGACCAGCUGGAGUACCACAUCCGCAAGCACACCGGCAACAAGCCCUUCCACUGCCACGUCUGUGGCAAGAGCUUCCCCUUCCAGGCCAUCCUCAACCAGCACUUCCGCAAGAACCACCCGGGCUGCGCCCCCCAGGAGGCCCACAGCGCCUCCCCCGAGACCACCACCGCCUCCGUCACAUCCAGGGGAGGGCCGAGUGACGAGGCCUCCCCCAGCCAGGAGGAGCCAGAGGGCGGGGGCGGAAGCAGCAGCGGCGGAGGCCAGUACAGUGAGGGUCCCCAGGCCUCGGUCUCCACCACGGGGCCCGACUGACCCCGAGGGAGGGUCACGGUUGGGGUGGGGGGUGACAGACGUAAAGGGCCGUCUGAUUCUGUUGCACCGGGAGCCAACAGGAUGCUGAACCCGCCGGAGUCAAAGCAGCGACAGAAAGGACGCCUCAGAGAACUGAGAUUUUUCCGCUUUAAACCGCAUCUACCUUCACGAACCGAACCGGACAGAUUAAGCUAAAACGAAGAAAUGCCACACACUCCAACAACCUCAUACACCACACGACGCCGUGGUCCUCGUUUGCCUCCGUUUAGUUUAUGUUACAGAUUUCUACUUUUAUAUUUACAGGUGUUACAGGUUCACAGUGCAGCAUCACAACAGUCUGUCUGGUGGAAACUUUGCCAAACUACUCUGUGCCAGUUUAACGGCUCAAAUUCUUCAUAUUUGCCUUGAGACAAUCUGGAGCAGCGAGGUUAGUGAGAAUAAUCCUGCGCCCUCUUAAAAGUGCCACAGCGGCAUCAAAGAUUUAGCUGCGCAAAAAGGUUCAAUGAGAAAACUAUGACUGUUAAAGUUCAGAUCCAGUGUGAUCGGAGUUUCGGAUCUUUUCCCUGGAUGAAGGUCUCACACUACACAACUUCACACUACUGAACUCCUGUUGUACGCCGUCACCAAGAAAACUAACCGCAUCCGGUUCUCCGUCCUCAAUUACACAACUGACCUGUCAGUCCUGAUCCCAGAUCCAAAGGUCCAGUUUGUAAAAAACAAGCGUCCCUCUGGGAUAAUAACGAAAACUAUUAGAACACCUUCAGGUCUGCAACCAACGAUUAGUUUUAUUAUUGAUUAAUCUGCUGAUUGGUUUCUUUCUCUGAGAUGAGAUGUAAGAAAACAGGAACAAAGCUUCACAAGGUGACUUGAACCCGACCAAAACCCAAAGAUAUAGAGUUUAGUGUCACAUUAAGAUAAGAUGCUGGAACCGAGCUCAAAAUAGUUCCCGAUACUCAAAGUAAACUGCAGCUUCCCUUCCAACUCUGAGUGAAUGAGUUUGAGAAUGAGCUGAUUGGUGAAUUGUGUCAAAUCACAGUUUCAGAAGUUUCGCUCAUCUUUUAUCAUCUGUAUUAAAUAUUCUAAACGCACUCAGCUAUUACCAGAGCUUUUGACCGCGUCCCCUGGCGUUUUCCAGUAGGUGACCUGAGAACCGGACUUCGGUCCCGUGAUAACAGGUGGUCGUACACACCCUGGAAACAGGUCAUGGGAUGCAUGUUUGACAUGUUUGUGUCCCCGAGGUGGAGAAUGAAUCUCACGCUUUACGCGGUGAAAGGAUGAAAAGUGAGGAACUCCGAUCACACAGGAUCUUUGUAAAUUUGGCUGUAAAAUGAGUUUAAAUUCUUCCGAUUAAUGUUUGAGUAUCGUGGCAGAUGAACUAGAUUAGAAAGGACCAUCCGGCAGCCUGUUGACCGAACAGACUCACAGCAGGAAAACUGGACGGUGUCCAGCCUCAGAUAAGCUACACAGCUCAGUUACCUCUCAUCACUACGCAAUACAGUUGCUGCACUGCACAGCACCACCGGGGGGCGCUCUGAUCACUCACACAGAGACCUCAGAUAUUUUUAUAUACAAGCAUGUGUUUUGUUUUUCUUGGACACUUUUUUCUUUGCUCUGACAAUGUGUGUGACAGACGACAGAAGCUUAAUGUUCGAGGAGGACGAGGAGACGCAGUGUCGCCGCCGGAUCAGAAAAUUAAUGACGCAUUACAUCUGCUGCACGCCGUAGGUCCUCAUAGGCGGGUCCCGCCGCUCGGCAGCCUUCUUGGUAAGGCCUCCGGGUCAGGUAUUUGGGACUAACGGGAUCAUGUCUCUCUCUGAAUGAACGGGCAGAGAGCCACAACUGCACUUUCUCAAACAGGUUGAUGACUGUGUCCCAAAAUAAGGUUUAAAAAGUACUAAACACACGUAGUGGACCCUUCCGUCAGUGCAGCCACACGUUUGGCGGAGUAUGUUUCCGGCUCGGCUGUUAAAAGCAGGCGAUUGGCUUUUUAGCAGAAGGGGCGGAAUAACCGCCAUCUUUGGCGUUACAGGCUUUCCCUGUAGAGUUAUCGGCGUGUCUCCUCUUCAAACGUCACUGACGAGAGAGUCAAGAAGUAAAGUCGAGAAGAAGCUUCACUUAAUAAAUAUAUUCAGACAGUUAACAGAAUGCUAGCUAGCUAACAACGAUAACAGCUGUCAUCAAAAUGAAGGGAAGUAAUGCUAACAUUAGCUUACGAGCUAACAGACUUUCACGUUCAAAUUGUGAUCCAGCGGCUCAAAGAAAUCUGUUUUUACUUUGUCAGUUACAAAGACCCCUGUUGCUAAAAGAGCUAAUGCUCAUGACAGCUGCGCUUUGUUUGCUAAUGUUGACAUUUGUUAAGAAAAUCAACAUUAGCUUGCAAACUAACUGAUUUUAAUUCCUACUUCUUUCAGAGCAAUCAUAACCCAUUCAUGCUAAUAUAAUUAGCAUCUGUAUCUAGUAUAAAAUUUUAUUGGACGGACAGAAAAUCAGUAUAAACACAAGCUAAUGUUUCCGUUUAUAAGCUAACUGAUGUUGACUAUUUAACAUUUGUUGGCUUAAUUUUAUGUAUUUCUGACAUCAGUCUAGAAGCCAAAAGAUUGUUCGCUUACUUAUGAUGUGUUAGCUCACGUUAGCUUGCUACUAUUUAACAUUAAGCUAUUACGCAGACUUUUAGGAAAACUGUGGCGUUUCUAUGACCGAUGGUGAAACUUUAUUCUCCGGCGUCUCAUGUUUCAUCCCUGUGUGUCCAGAGAUGGGUCCAGGAUGUGUUUAGCCUAGCUUAGCACAAAGCCUGGAAGCUAACCCAGCUCUACCAAAAGAGAAACAAUCUACCUUCAAACAACUUCCACACUGAUAUGUUGUGACUUUAGCUCGCCAGCUAAUGUUAGCUCGCCAGCUAACAGACAGUGGCACGUGUGCAGGAGAGGUAAUGCGUCAUUAUGUCCGAUGGUUCUGAUCGGGUGGCGACAGGACGAGGAGCCAGAUCCCGUCAGACCAAAUGGAGCUGGACUAAAAAAUAAACCCUCCAGAGGUCAAAGUUCACCUGCUGGAGGUCACCUGGCAACCAAAGGAAAGACGGCGUGGCCAACUUCAGCACUUAUCAGAGAGACGGGAUCAAAGCAGAACUUUUUAUAGAAACAGAACAAUAUAAAAUCACAUAUUAUCAGACAUAUUUAAACUACUAAGAUGUUUUUGCAUAUGAAUAAUGUAAGCUAGGAGUUCAGAUGUUGGCAGGCAGGUAGCACACAGAUCGGCUGUUACUGUUUUUCUACAGAGCUGUGAAUCAGAUUCUCAGUGGACGGUAAACUUUUUUUAUGCAAGUGAAGCCAGCGGCUCUGUCCUCGCUCCGGCUGGCUGGACUCGAGUUUUCCUCUCGCCGCCGCCGCCGCACUCGCUCUUCAGGCAAAACCAGGAACUUUCAGGUAUACAGACUUUUUUAUUCAGUGAAUCGGGACGUUUACCUUUUCCCUACGUAGCAGAACGCUAAACCUCAGUGCGAGCUACACACCGCAGAAAUAAAACUCACCUGUAAAUAAACCCAACAGCAGCAGGUAAGACAUCCCUGAGAGUCGCCGCAGAGGGCGACAAAAACACACAAACCAGGGCUGGGCAAUAUGGAGUUAUGCAGCGUUUCAUUUGACACGGGAAGUCGGGAUUUCUCAGUUCCCAGUCAGAAAUUUCAACUUGAACGCCUAAGUCGUGUUUCCGACUCGGAAAGUCGGGACAACCUCACCAACCCCGACCUCAGAAUCCAAGAUGGCUGCCCCGAGCAUCAACCGCGUGGAAGCUGUAGCGAGAAAGUGUUUAUCACACUUGGGAACUCUCCCAUCUGUGGACACGUGGGCAUCAGCCGGUUGAUCCUGGUUUUCAUUCCCAGUUCCGACUUCCGAGGUAAACGGAAUGCAGCAAAUAACCACCAGAAUAUACUGGUUUCUGAUUGGCUGCACAGUUUGGUCAGUGUCACGGUGACCGUCACCGUCACGUGUUGUGUAUUACCGCUCACAUGCCGCAGUAUCUGGUUUAUGAAUAUUAUAUUAAUACACUUUAUAAAUAUGUUAAGUUGUUUUCAGAAUGCACAAAUAUUCACUUCAGUUUAUUUAGAUAUACAAAUAUAUAUAUAUAAUAAUUGCAGUUAUGUGCAUAUAAGGCAACUGAAAGGUUUGCACACGCUGACUUAUGCAGGAAAUAUUUAAGAGGCUGGAAAGCAGCGUUUUGUUACACCUGUAACCACGCCCAGCAGUGAUGUCACAGGGUCCUACACCUGUUCAUCACUGCAGCCAGGUGAGGAGGGAAACCACUGAGGUCAGCAAAAAAAAACACACAUUAAAGCCGUUAGAUGUUCUCUUUUAUAAUAAUAAUAUUAGCCUUCGGAGUUUAAAUUUAAAUAAAUGUUCCUCUCUGUCGGCUGCUGAUCAAAGUAGGAAAUCGUACGUUAACUUUGGCGGCUGCUAACGUCUGAAGGGCUCCGUUACGUUGCCGUGUGAUUGUUCUCAGUGACUCCUCGCUCAGUUUUUAGUUGCACCAUUAAAACUUGUUUUAGGGAGCAAACGUUAAAUAUAAACUUACCUGCAGAUGUAAAUGUAGAAAUCUGUUUUAGCGAUAUUCAUUUAGAACGAGCAGGAUGUAUCUGAUGCUAAGCUAACAGCUGUUGGUCAUGUUAUCGGCGUCGUGUUUUGUAACUGCUUAAAUCUUCCCAGUUCACAGCGUCGCUACAGCGGUCAGAUAUAAAGGAGUCACGCAGCUUGUUAAGCUAGCUUGAGUUUUGUUAUGACACCUGUGCACUUUAACAACAGCUAAUCUUUGUGCUGCAACCCGUUUUAAUUUAGUGAUGUUUUAAAUGUCGGUGCAGCUGAGAGCGGAGCUUCAUUAUUCACUAAAGACAAACAGCCUUCAGAACAUCAGCCCGAACAUCCAGAAAUGUUCAUUUCAUCACAAUAUAAAGAGAGAAAAGAAGGCGUGGCUAAUGCUGCAGGUGAGCUGUCACUCUGAAACAUUUCCGGAUUCAUUCGCUGUGUUCAAACAUUCAGCUGCCGCAGUUUUGACACUAAACCUGCAGAAAACUGUGAAGCGCUUUCUCUUAAAGGAGAAAUCUGGCAUCAGGAUUUCCUGAUGAGUAAAACAGGUUUCACAUGUUGCCCAGCUCUGAGUUAAACACACGAACACGUUCGUUCUAAAGAAGAACAAACAGACCGAAGUGCAGCGAAGGGAAGAAACCAUCACUUCAGAUUUAAUCUCAAAUCUUUUGGCUGCUGAUCAAAUUAUGCAACAAAUUCAACUUGGCCUGAACCGGUCCGAACCGGGUGGCGUCCCCCUUUCUGCACUGAGGUCUUUUUGCUUUCAGUCAUUUCAAGCCAAUUGAAGUCGAGAGGAAGCUGCUUCCAGAUCAGCUCCCGACUUUCCCUCAUUUCAGUUCCAGUUUCAUCUUCAAACUGUGAAAACAGCCCAACCUCGUACAGCAGCGCCGCCCUCUGGUCUUCACGGUGUCUUUGAGUCGGUCGAGUCUCCGAACGUUCACGUUUCUUCAGCUUCAGUCUGAAACUUCUGGCUUUUUUUGUUUGUUUUUUUUACUUUUUACUGCGUGAAUCAAACGUUUAGUAUAUGAAUAACCUUGACCACAACAUGCCUAAUUAUAAAUCAUUUAGAUAUAUUCACCUAACGAGAUUACUCUUUACUGUUGAUUCCUCAAAGUAUAUCCUAAUAUAUCAAAGCAGAAAAUGAGUCCAAGAAAAAAAGUUUAGUAAAUUAACUUUUAAUACUGUACAUUUUUUAAAGAGGAGGUACUUAAGAAGUUCUGUAGUAGAAGAACCUGAAAGGUUUUAUGUGAAGAUCUUUUAUGUUGCAUGUCUCUGUUGGUGGAGGGGGGGGGGGGGGGCGGGUGAGGCCAAAGGUUGAUUAUUAGUUAAGAAAAAUGUGAAGAAGCUUCUUUCACCAUGACCACUAGAUCACUCACAGGUCACAUCUCCUUCAGAGGAAAUAAAGCACUUUAAGUGUCAA